ACAGCUUCGAAUUGUUCAAAAACUGCUUGUCAUAUUUUGCAAAGAAUAGCUUUAUUUUCAAUUUUUAGUUUUGAUUUUCACGUUACACAUAAAUAGAUCUAAAACACAAUGCUGGGAGUCAACGAGAAUUUUCCUGAAUAUGCAGUGCCCGGCGCGAAGCAGGUCCGUUUCGAACCCUACGCGGACAACGGUGGCAGCAUUGUGGCUAUCGCCGGUGAAGACUACGCCGUCAUCGGAGCUGACACUCGGCUGAGCACGGGCUUCUCAAUCUACACCCGCGAGCAGAAGAAGUUGUUCAGAGUUUCCGACAAAACCGUUCUCGGCGCCACCGGGUGCUGGUGCGACACGCUCACACUGACGAGGCUGCUGCAGGCACGCAUGCAGAUGUACGAGCACGAGCACAAUAAGUCCAUGUCGACGCCCGCCGUGGCUCAGAUGUUGUCCACCAUGCUGUACUACAAGAGGUUUUUCCCCUACUAUGUGUCCAACGUUCUGGCGGGGCUGGACGCCGACGGCAAGGGCUGCGUCUAUAGCUAUGACCCCAUAGGCCACUGCGAAAGAUCCAACUACCGCGCCGGGGGCUCCGCUGGCGCCCAGCUGCAGCCCCUGCUUGACAACCAGAUAGGCUUGAAGAACAUGCAAAAUGUUAAAGAAGCACCUCUACCUAGAGAAAAGGCCCUGGCCCUGCUCAAGGAUGUGUUCAUCAGUGCAGCAGAGCGCGACAUCUACACGGGUGACUCCAUCUAUAUUCUGAUCAUCACGGCCAAUGGAAUACAGGAGGAGAAGUUCGAGUUGCGUAAAGAUUAAUCUUGUUUCUUAAAUAAAAUUUACUUUUUA